CUUGCUCUCGGCGCGGCAGCGUUGUCGACAGCAGCGAGAGAGAAACGCCAUGCAGGGCAUUGCCGCAACCGGCACGACACGCACGGAGGCGCUGCGCAAGCGCAGAUCCGGCUCCGCGGCCGAGCCGGAGCCCGAAGCCGCCUCGUCGCACAUCGCAAGUGUCGUGAAGUCGCUCGACGUGUACCCAAAGACGCUCGACGACUUCAAGGAGCGCACCGGCUCGGGCGCGGCAGUCUCGGUGGUGUCGCUGUCCAUCAUAUUUCUGCUGGUCAUCUCGGAGUUCUACGCGUACUUGACGCCGACGACCACCGAUCACCUCUAUGUUGACACCAGCCGAGGCGAGCGGAUACGAGUCAACCUGAACCUCACCUUCCCAAACAUGCCGUGCGCCGGCAUGAGCCUCGUGGCGAUGGACGUCGCGGGCGAGCAGCAGAUUGACGUGGUGAGCAACAUCAUCAAGACGCGCCGCCGGCUCGACGGCUCGAAGAUCGGCGUCGAGCUCGACGACGCGCACUUGCGGCGGCAGAUGGCUGGCAAGUGCGGCAGCUGCUUCCAGAAGCGCGACGAGAUGCCGGAGGCGGAGGGGCAGUGCUGCAACUCGUGCGCCGACGUGCAGUCGGUGUACCGCGCGAAGGCGCUCAAGCGGUUGGUGUGGGAGGACCACCCGCUCUGCCAGCACGAGGCGAUGCUGCUCGAGCCGGCCCGGCUCGCGUCCAUCCACGAGGGCUGCAACCUGUUUGGCUUCCUCGAGGUCAACAAGGUCGCGGGCAAUGUCCACCUCGCGCCGGGCAAGGCCUUUCAGUCCGCGCAGGGCCAGCUCGUCCACGAGUUCAAGCCCUUCGACUCGCACGGCUACAACAUCUCGCACGUCAUCCACUCCCUCUCCUUCGGAGUCCACUACCCAGGCCGCCAGUCGCCCCUCGACGAGUCGACCAUGAUUCUGCACAACGGGUCCGGCGUCUUCCAGUACUACCUCAAGGUAGUCCCCACCACGUACGUCUUUGCGUCGGGCCGCAACCUCACGUCGUGCCAGUACUCUGUCACCGAGCAGUUCAAGUCGGCGCACGACCCGCGGAACGGCUUCGUGCUGCCCGGCGUCUUCUUCAUCUACGACAUCUCGCCCAUCAUGGUCACUUUCCGCGAGGAGCGCCCCGCCUUUUCGUACUUUCUCACCUCCCUCUGCGCCAUCGUCGGUGGCGUCUUCACCGUCGCCGGGAUCGUCGACUCGUGCAUCUACUCGGCAUCCGGCGGGCCCGGCCUCAAAAUGUGAGCCAUUCGGAGCGUGCGUGAGAGCGGGCCAUGGUAGCGGGGGCGGGGCGCAGGCGAGCUCGUUUGCGUGUUGCAGGCCGCGUGAGACGGUGUCGAGAGAUAUUACAGAUAUCCGGCUGGCCACCCCAAUGUGGCAGACCGUGCGCUGCAGCGCUGGCGGCGGCGCGCGCUGUGCCAGGACGACCGAGCUGACUCGUCUAUCGGCCUUUGCUUCGCCGCCACACACCAUUAUAUGUGGUUAUAGAAAGCCGUACUAUAG